AUGGCCCCACCACCGUACACCGUCGUCGUGGGCUGCGACGAAGCCGGCGUGGCGUACAAGAACAGCAUCAAGGCCGACCUCGAGCGCGACGCGCGCGUGCGCGCCGUCAUCGACGUCGGCGUGCUCGCCGACGCAGACAAGACGGCGUACCCCCACGUCGCGGUCGCUGCCGCGCGCAAGAUUGCUGCCGGGGAGGCGGACCGCGCCAUCCUCAUCUGUGGCACUGGCCUCGGAGUCGCCAUUUCAGCAAACAAGGUCCCAGGCGUCCGCGCCGUCACCGCCCACGACUCGUUCUCAGUCGAGCGCUCCAUCCUCUCAAACAACGCCCAGGUGCUCUGCAUGGGCCAGCGCGUCAUCGGCAUCGAGCUCGCCCGGCGUCUCGCCCAGGAGUGGCUCGGCUACGUCUUUGACGAGCAGAGCGCAUCCGCAGACAAGGUCGCUGCUAUCGGCCAGUACGAGCAGCCAGCAGUGGCUGCUUGA